CACGCCAUUCUUCCCGCCGCCAUCUGCUGCUGCCGCUGCCGCUGCCGCCGCCGCCAACCCUGCCUUCGCCGCCAAGCCCCUGUCGCCCACCUUCCGCCCGCCACCCAGCCCCGACGCCCGCGUCCUCGACAGCACCAUGUUCUACAUCUCGCCCGCGAAGCUCGCGCAGCUGCAAGCCGACGUCGCCGCGGAUCCGGCUAUCGCCGCGCUGCCGUCCUCCCGGGGGCCGUCAUCCAGCGACAUCAUCCAGGCGCUGUUCUGGGGCGCGGCGAUCUGCGCCCGCUACGCCGCUAUCACUGGGCACCACGGGCAGCCCAUCCCGCGCGACGCGCCGUCCAUCCUCGAGCAGGCCGUCGACGGCCACCCGUACUUCUCACCGCUCCUCCCGGGGAGCUACACGGGCAACCUGCUGGUGUUCAACCGGCUAGCACUCCCGGCCGACGAGCCCGUCAGCAGCGCGUCCGUGACCGACGUCGCGCGGACGGUGCGCACCUGCGCGGCGCAGGUGCGGCCGCAGCUAUCCCACGACGCGCUCGCCACCAUCCGCGAGCCCGUGGCGGAUUACAGUGCCGUCAAGUUCGCGCUCACGCGCCACGACAGCAUGGACAUGAUGAUGACGACCUCAUGCUGUUCUCGACGAGCGAGGUGCUGGCGUUUGGAGCCGGGCUGUUUGGCGGUGAGGGCGGCGAGUCACGGGCUGAGAAGCGCUGGCCGGCGGCGCUAGGGAUGUUACUCAGCGUGCAGAACUCGGCGCAUCGUCUGGGGAUCAUCUUGCCGCUGAGGAAGGAUGGCGGGGUCCGAACUGUCGAUUGGCACGUUCCCCGAGGAGCUCGCGCCGAUGCUGCGCGAUGAGGAUGGAUGCGCUAUGCGGUUUUUGAUGUCGGACUCGGCGGCGUGAAUACGUACCUAGUGGCUUUCCCGUUCUGUCCUUUUUUCUUGGCUUGCUUACUUUUGUGGUGCCGUGUGGCUAUAGGCAGGAGAGCAGAUCGGGGAAUUAGGUUAGGAACAAAGCAUAGCCAGUUGACUUGGCAAUACCUACGGAUGCCCACAAACGCUAUACGCGAGCUAUGCGCGUCUGACCAAGCCAGCCUUCUCUGCCGGCACCGUUAAAGGAGAUGUAGGUAGCUGAAAGCGUACCCACCUGCCCUACUCUUUGAUCAUACGUUGA